AUGUACUUUGAUCGUAUGAGCUGGGCAGAUGCUUCAAAGUUCUGCGACGGUAAACAAAGCCACCUUGUCGUGCCGAACUCACAGGACGAGAACGAUUUCUUGCUGCGGAUCGUGAUGGAACGAUAUGAGACUGUCGAAGAACGCGGGGUCUGGAUCGGCUGCAAACGCGAGUCCGCUGAUUCGAGCUUUGAGUGCGCUGGGAACACCGAGGGAAUGAGCUUCACCAACUGGGCACCGGGUAAUCCCGAACAAGGAGCUCGACAGUGCGUCGUGUUGUCGAAGGCAGGCAACGGAACAUGGGUAUCAUACAGCUGCAAGCUUCGCAAGUAUUUCGUAUGCGAGAUGCCGGAUGCUCCUCGCGUGCACUGCUUGACGGCCGACGCAAACGGGCGCUUCGUCACCGACUUACCGUAA